GAUGUUUGAAUGCAGUUCCUCCUCAGGUUCUCCAGGUGAGGUAAAGAUCCAUGUAACGGAUCAACCUCCUCUUCCUCCCCUUCAGCCCACACCAGCCAUGGUCACUGUGCAGCUGAGACUUGCGACAGAUGAGUCCUUCACACAUUACCACCCGGAGGCUCAGCUGCCGCUCAGUCUCAUACAAGGCAGACUACUUUACUUGGAGGUGAGCCUACUGGAUCCUCCAGAGGCCGACCUGGUGCUGCUGGUUUAUUCCUGCCUGGCUUAUGUUCAAGCUCCAUAUAACAGCUGGAUGCCCAUUUACGAUGGCUGCACAGGCUGGUAUGAUUCACAGCCGCUUCCUUCCCCUGACCCACACCAAAUCUGGAGGAUUUUGAUCUCCAGCUUCCUGUUCCUGCCCCCAGAAAGUACCUCUUAUGUGUAUGAAGGAGGACACGCCCUACCAGACGACCCACAGAUCUACUUUUGGUGCUUGACUGAAGUGUGCUCUGCUGCAGACGGUGACUGCAUCAACAGUAAGUCUCAACAUAACAGAAACGCACACGACAUGAGUCGCGUGUAUUCGUUUGCUACAAAAUGUUUAUUACUAAAGUGCAAGUGACUCUUUAAAGACACACAAUUUACUUUCAUCGUGCAAUUAAGUAGUUAAAUUUGUCAUUUGACAACCGGUGAGUGAAAUAUCUGGCCUCUCAGACCUGCACCUCACUUCAUUGACUUACAGCAUUUGUUUCCUUGUAGGACCCGACAGUGACGUGUGAGCAAUGGAAUAAAAACACAUUAACGAAUUGCA